GUGCAAAAACUAAUGUAAAAUCAAUCCAUAGUAGUAAAGGAAUUGGUGAACCACCAUUGCUUUUAGGAAACACUGUAUUUUUUGCUAUUAGGAAUGCUAUUACAGCUGCAAGAAAAUGCAAUAAUAACAAUACUCCGGUAGUUUUAAGAUUACCUGCAACACCUGAAAGAAUUCGAAUUGCUUGUGAUGAUGAAAUUGUGAGAAAGUGUAAGGUUGAGAAAAAGGACGACGAAGUUCCAUGGGAAUCGCCUCCAACUGGACAUACUUCGCUCCCAUUAACUCAGGAUCCGCUACGGUUUCCCGGCACAAUCGCAGAUCCAUGUGAAACCUCACUGAAACAACUUCCUAACAG